AUGGCUAUCACUGGCAGUGAAUCUGCCGAAGAUGCCCAAGAAAACAGGGGUCCAAUUGCCAUUGCAGUGGCUAUCGUUAUGAUGGUUUUAGCAAUUCUACUCAUUGGUUCACGACUGUGGUCUCGUCGGUCCAUUCAAGCAAUGGGAAAGGAUGACUUGACCGCUGUUAUUGCUUUGUUUUUCAUCAUUGGGACUAGUGCGUCGGUCAUAGCCAUGACUCAAUACGGACUUGGCCUACACAUCUGGACAUUAUCUGACGAUACCUUGGUCUUGUACUUCCGAUGA